UUUAGCAAGCAACAGGAAAACCGCUAAGAGAACACAUUCCAGGCGCGCGGAGUCUGGACGGAACAAUAAGGGGUGGGACGACAACUCUUAUGCCUACAACUAUUUAAAAAGUCUCUAAUCUCGCCUUUUAAUCGGGAACACGGUCGAACUCUUACUUCAUGGGAGCCGAGCGCCCUCCGCCGUCUCUCGUGAAGCCAGUCGGAGGCGGAAGGAGUCUGGUCCGAAACCCCGCGACGAUGUUCCUGCUGCGGGUUUUAUCAGCGCAGAUCGGGACCCAGAUGAGAUAGGUUCUCAUUCAGCUCGAUGUGGACUCGGUGGACCCCGCUCCGAGCUCCUCUUCUUGCUUGUUUUUCUUCUUCUUCUUCUUCUUUUUUGAAACACUACUUUCAUCUUUGAAGUGUUAAAGUUUUAAACCGCUCUCCGGUUCACCAGAACCGGUUUUUGGGGUUUUAUUUUUUUCUGUUUCCACGAAGCUCCGGCCGGGUUUUUUUUUUUUUUUUUUUUUUGUUUUUUUUUGUUUUUUGUCGUAGAGGCAGCGGAGAGGAUGUGAGUUCUUCCGACUUUGAACAGGUUUAGUUCACUGUCUCACGAUGAGGCCAGGUUUCCCCCCGGCGCUGCUUUAAACUCUCAUUCGACCUGUUUGUGAUGUGGGCGACGCGUGGCGGCUCCGUCUGACCAGUUAAACCAAACAACAACAACAAACAACAAACAGUGAUGGGAAGAUCUGUUCUGCUCAGGGUUCUGUUGGCAGGAGUUUUUCUCUUGACUUCCACCAUUCAUGCAGAGAACCAGGAUGGCGGUGAAGAAGCGAAGCUGCUGUGCAAAUGUGAGAACCCCAAGAAUCCAGGCAUUUGCAGCAACGAGACGUGCAGAGGAGACUACUGUUUCUAUUCCUGGGUGCUAACCAGGGACGCAGAAGCAGAAAACCCUGUCACUGAGACAUGGGGAUGUUUCCCACAACAACACUUCAGAGAGCAGUGCUUUGGUUCCUUCCCCGGCUUUUUUGUCCAGUGCUGCCAAACGGACAAGUGCAACACUCUGAUCACACCGCCUCCAAAUAUUAAUGGAGAGCCGACGACAGUUCCUCCCCCAGAGUUGCCACAUCCCAAGCUGUGGAUCGCUGUGACUCUGCUGCUGCUGCUCACGUCUGUAAGCGUGUGUGGUUUCCUGUUGUUUCUGCGAUUUCGACGUGCACCAAGCAAACUGAAAGAUCCCGAAGAUCACGGCCUUACUGUCAAAGUCCCCACCGGAAAUGACCCCACAUAUGGCGAAAUUUUUGAUGAGUUUUGUACUUCAGGGAGUGGGACAGGCCUUCCUUAUCUGGUCCAAAGAACUAUGGCGAGACAAAUCUCUCUUGUUGAAUGUGUUGGUAAAGGCAGAUAUGGUGAAGUGUGGAGGGGCACAUGGAUGGGAGAGAGUGUGGCUGUCAAGAUUUUCUCCUCCAGGGACGAGCAGUCCUGGUUCAGAGAGACAGAGAUCUACAAUACAGUGCAGCUGCGCCAUGAGAAUAUUUUGGGUUUCAUUGCCUCGGACAUGACCUCCAAAAACUCCAGCACCCAGUUGUGGCUCGUCACUCACUUCCAUGAGCUGGGUUCGCUCUAUGACUUCCUGCAGUACAGCAGCCUGGAGCCAGAGAGCUGCUUGAGGAUGUGCCUCUCGGUGGCCUGUGGCCUGGUGCACCUCCACACUGAGAUAGUCAGCUCCCAGGAGAAGCCGGCAAUCGCCCACCGAGACCUCAAGAGCAGAAACAUCCUGGUGAAGAGGAACGGACAGUGCUGCAUCGCCGAUCUAGGCUUGGCUGUGAUGCACUCUCAGUCUCAUGACUACUUGGACGUGGGCAACAAUCCUCGUGUAGGGACGAAGCGCUACAUGGCCCCUGAAGUGCUGGAUGAGACGAUUCGUGUCGAUGUCUUUGAAUCUUACAAGCAAACUGACAUCUGGGCCCUUGGCUUGGUCUUCUGGGAAAUAACACGCAGGACUGUCGUCAAUGGGAUUGUUGAGGAGUAUCGACCGCCCUUCUUUGACUUGGUGCCCUCCGAUCCAAGCUUUGAGGAGAUGAAGAAGGUGGUGUGUGUGGACCAGCAGAAGCCCAGCCUGCACAACAGGCUCCACUCCCACCCAAUCCUGUCAACCAUUGUCAAGAUUAUGAAAGAGUGUUGGUACCAGAACCCAACGGCUCGCCUCACAGCCUUGAGGGUGAAGAAAACUCUUUCCAAGCUGGACUCCGAAAGCGACUUCAGCAUAGAGAAACUCAAACGUGACAUCUAAGCGAAAACACCAAGAAAUGUCACGGAAAACUACAAAAAAACCAACAAGAGGAUUGUUGAACAUCAUCAGCAUAGUCAUCAACUCUUCCCAAAACCGUAUGUGUUUGACCAUUUUGCAAUUGCCCAUUUAUAGCAGUUCUCCAAGUUAGGGGUGAUAACGGGAAGCUUUUUUUUUUACUCACCAUUACAAGACGGGAAAUCAUUGCCUUAUUACUCACACUUUUCUAAAGUGGGUUGUUCACAAAAACUUAGUCAUAGUCAGCACAAAAGCUUGGCUUGAUUCACUAUGAUUUACAGGGCAUGUAAAAAGACAGAAGCUCUUCACCAAAGCAGUAUUGACCAUAAUGUAAAAAUGUUCAACUUAAGUUAAAGGAGCAUUUAUCACAGGUAGCAAAGACAGACUGAAAUACUUAGUUGUACAUAUUCUACAAGCAUUGAACCUUGUAAGGGUUCAGUGGUUAUUUACAAUCUUGAUAUUAGUGUAAAUAUAUUUCAAGAGAUGUUAUUUUCUAUUUUAAAGCACAUUUUAUACACUUUUUUUUAAUCCCAUUUUUUAAUUUGUUUGUUUAUUUAGACCUAAAAUGUACCACCAUAAUCACUAUGGUCAAGGAAGUAAAUCACAGAAUGAUAUGAAUUAUUGGAGAUCUUUAAUAAAGGUUUUGUAUUUUGCAAAUAAACCAGUUCUUGUCGUUUUCUUUUCGACCAGCAGAGGGCAUCAGAGGGUCAACAUACAAGCAUUUCUUCUGACUAUGGAAAUAUGGAAACAUUUUACAUUUAAUUGUUUUGAUAAAUGUGUUUAAUUUUCACUACAUUACCCCAGUUGUUGCACAGAAAAGAGCCUCUUCUUGAAUACAAAUAUCAAAGUAAUCAUUGCAACAUCAAAUGUGGAACUGUUACAUAUUUUUAAACCUUUGGGAUUUAACACCAAAUCCUCAAAUUACCAAUAAAUUGAGGAUUUAAACAUGAAGGAUGAAUUGGAAUGUUUAAGCAUAGGCGAACUGAAAGGUUUUCUUUGAUCUUACUUGGAAGGGAAACUUAAAAAGUAAACACUCAAUCUCUUCUCAGACUGAACAAAGAUUUUCAGUGAGAUUCUUUAAGGCAGUCUUUACAGGAAGUCUACAUCUGAUUAUGUCUUUGGUUUAUCUUAUUUGUCUUAUUUAUUUAUUUUUUCAUCGGUGCAUAAACAAAAAUAAUGGCCUCUGAUGAUAAAUAGAGCACAAAAUAAAUUACAGAAGUAACAGAUCGCAGUUGACGAAGAAUCAGACCUGCUGCAAAACCUAAAGGAUGUUGGAACUGAUGUAAUAAAGAUACUGAUAUCA